CUCAGCGGGAGCCUCGGAGCGCUGCGGGAGGGUUCGUCCCGCUCCGCCGAGCUGCUGCGGGCGCUGCGGGCCGGGCUGGGCKCGGCGGCGCGGGAAGCGGAGCUCGGAGCCCGAGGGACGCACGAACCGGCGCUGAGGCUGCUGGCGCUGCAGCUGCGCCUGGACAACGUCUCCUCGGAGCUGGACGAGAACCAGGAGAACCUGCAGGAUCUCCGCUACCACCGCGCCCACGGGCGGAACCGCACGGCCGAGCGCUUCGCGGAGCUGGAGUCGCGGCUGGAAUCGCAGCAGCUGGAGCUGGCCACSAUCGCCACCAACGUGGUGGCCACCGACGGGCACGUGCUGGGCAUGCUGCGCUUCUUGGACGGCGUCCGCGCCUCCUGCUCCACGGGAGUCCGCGCCCACGCCCGGGAGCUGCUCCAGCUCGACAGAGCCCUCGGCGCGCUCCGUGAGGACGCGGAGGAGCUGCGGGAGCGCUCCGGGAUCCUCGGCGCCCGCCUGGAGUUCGACGUGCGCAACCUCUCGGCGCUGGCGGAGGAGAUGAGGGCGGUGGACGCACGGCACGGGGAGAUCCUCCGGAACGUCUCCGUGCUCCGAGGUCGGCGGAAACGGGGCGUUUUCCGGGAUCGGGGUGGGAUCGGGGGAUUCUGA